ACCAAGUAAUAAAAUCUAUAGUGGGAAUAUCUGUAAUCUGAUUGGUUGAGAGUAGCUGUGAACACACUCAAACGUUAAACAACAUCUUGUCGGGCUCAUUUUCAAAAGCGUGACUUGAAUUUUGAGCUUUCGAAAUAUACGUUCGGAAAUCGUGAUAACUUACAUUACAAUGGCUUCGGCUAAUGAAAUCGAUAUAAUAAGUGAACUACAAAAGAAACCCUUUUCUGUUCGACAAUCAGGCGAGCAAAAUAUACUCGUAAAGCAGCGGCCAAUUCCAAAUUUACAAGCGACUACAGGCAAUAGAAGCUUUCAGGAAAGUUGGUACUCGAAGAAAGAUUGGCUUUGUGGUAGCUCAGAAAAGAAUGCAUUGUUCUGUUGGCCUUGUCUUUUAUUUUGCCCUGGAUCGUCAUCUUCAUGGACGCAGACGGGAUUCAAAAACAUGAAGAAUUUCCUAUCCGAUUGUAAGAAGCAUGAGAAGGCAAAAUCGCACAUGGGUGCCUACAAGACCUGGAAGACCUACGGUUUUCAGCCUCGUAUCGACUGUAUCAUGUCACAAACUAGACGUGAAGAGAUUCAGCGUCAUAACGAGGAGGUUGAUGAGGCAACUGAUGUUUCUACCAAAGAACAAUUGAGUGUAAUUGUUCAAAUGGACAAAGGGGAAAGUGUCAUUGAAAGACAGCUUGGGUUUGUUGAUGUUAGUUGUGAUAGGACUGCAACUGCUAUAUCAUCAGUAGUUAAGGGUGAGUUAAGUCAAUACAAUAAUGUGAAAGAGAAAUUUAUUGGACAGACUUAUGAUGGUGCAUCUGUUAUGUCUGGUCAUCUCAAUGGUGUUCAAGCUCAAGUUCAGCAGGAUUAUCCUUAUGCUCAAUUUGUUCACUGUGCUGCCCAUAGACUAAAUCUAGUAUUAUGUCAAGCUGCAUCCUCCAUCUCACCUGUUAAGAUUUUCUUUGUUAAUAUUAGUGCUUUCUGCACCUUUACUAGCAAUUAA